GGAGUGGAGAUGGGUGGCAUCAGCAGCCGGAGGGCCUCCGAGAUCGGAGAGAACCUGACCCUUGAAAGCACGAUGGACGCAGCACCACAGAGAAAAAAGAAGAAGAAGAAAGCUGCCACCAUUGAUCUGGAGGACGACCACGCCAACCUGGUAAAUGGUCAUACAGGAGAUCAGACCACCGAUGGAGAAGAAGUGGUGAAAAAACCCAGAAAGAAAAAGAAGUCAAAAGUUGCAGAAUCUGCACUUCCUGAUGAUCUGGAUGUGGAGGAGGACGACAUCAUCAACGACUCGUCGUCCCCGAUCCCCCAGCAUUCCCUGUUCUCGGCCCCGCAGGGCCAGAGCCAGCCGGUGGGGAAGGUGUUUGUGGAGAGGAACAAGCGGUUUCAGGCGGCGGAGCGUUCAGACUGGAGGAAGACCAGUGACCAGACGGACAACAUGGCCGACUUCACGCACAUGCAGCCGCUCUGGACCACCAGAGACGUUUCCCUCAGAGUGCACGAAGGCUUCAGGGUGUUUGGCCUGUACUGUCACGGCUUCCUGGCGGGAUAUGCCGUGUGGAACGUGGUGGUGGUGUACAUGCUGGCCGGGCAGCACCUCACCGCUCUGUCCAACCUGCUGGAGCAGUACCACAGCCUGGCCUACCCCUCGCAGUCGCUGCUCUACAUGCUGCUGGCCAUCAGCACCGUGGCCGCCUUCGACAGAGUGAAUCUGGCCAAAGGCUCCGUGUCUCUGCGGGAGUUCAUCACUCUGGAUCCGGUGGCUCUCGCAUCAUUCUUGUAUUUCUCAGCACUAGUCCUGUCUUUGAGCCAGCAGAUGACCAGCGACCGCAUCAACCUCUACCCCACCUUCAACUCCACCUUAUGGCCUCCAGGAUCGGAGCACCAGAUACUCCACCCAUGGGUGACGGUCAACCUGGUGGUGGCUCUGCUGGUGGGGCUGGCCUGGAUUUUCAUCGCCACCAGACCCGAGACCGACUACACUGAAGGUGAGAGAGCCUGUGGUCUGUCCUGACUGCUGCCCAUCCCC